GAGAUAGAGAGAAUGUUGUUUUCCAUUCCAUUGUUUGUUUUCUUUUCAAGCAUUUGCUUUUUAACCGAGCAAAUGGAAAAUGAAGACAUUGAAAUAGUGAAACUCUCAAGUCAUCAAGGUGAGCAACCUCUUUUGAACGUUCAAAGAAAAGAGAUAUUUAAAGAAUGUCGAAGAAAUCAUGCUUCUAGCAUUGGAGGCUUCGCCGUUGAUGGUUGUUGCGAGUUUUUACCCGCUGGAGUUGAAGGUACUUUCGAGUUUUUUAAAUGUGCUGCAUGUAAUUGUCACCGAAAUUUUCAUCGUAAAGAAUUUGUCACAAGAAAUCAAACUCAUUUUCCGUCCAAUACCAUUUACUACCCUUCCCCAACUCCAAUCUCCGCAUUUUUUCCAACUACCAAUAGUUACAUCCAUAUGACUGGCACGUCGAGGGGGACUACAACAUCCCUCGACUUGCCUAAUGAUAUUGUCCAUGUUACUGAAUGCGGUGAUACUAGUGGUGGUGGAGAAAUGCCGACUAGCUCUAAAAAAAGAUUUAGAACAAAGUUCACUCGUGAACAAAAGAAGAAAAUGUUGGAUUUUGCUGUGAAAUUAGGUUGGAAGAUUCGCAAAGAAGAUGAGAAUGUUGUCGAGAAAUUUUGUAGUAAAAUUGGGGUGAAGUUUCAAGCUUUUAGAGUGUGGAUGCUUAACAAUAAACGCACCAUUGGAAAACAAUCUUAGAAAAAAAAAUUAUAAUAAGAAUUAAUAAAUUGAUAACAAUAAUAUUUAUUGUUAUGUGUUCUUGUAUCAAUCUGUCUAUGUAAUUGUUUUCCAUUUUAUGUGAGACAAUGGAGGAUAUUUAUAGUAUUUCUCUGUUGUUUCAUGUUUAAUUGGAUUUCAAGAAAUAUCAAUAAACUAUGUUUUAAUUUA